AAGUUCCAUGAGGUCAUCGUUGGUGGUCCAAGUUCACAAAUCAAGUGUCGUGGUUGCCAUAUGGCAAUGCCUAUCUCUUCUUCCUCCACUCUCCGCCAAAUUUCUGCAACUACCACCAUGUCCUCCCCUGCAACUUCCUCCUCCUCCGCCUCCAUACUCAAUCUCAAUCACAAUCAGCUCAUUGUUCCUCUUAUUGCCAAACGAAAGUCAAUCAGUGCAUCCUCCUCCUCCUUCAUCAGCACACACAGAUUUAACUUCAGCAUUUCUAGAUCCUUCCGGAACAUCUCUUAUCCUUCUCCCAUUAGAAUUAGACCUAUAUCUCCUGUCAUGGAAUGGCAAGAUUGCACGGUCAAAAUGGAAGUAGAUGUACCGACGUCAGUUGCUUAUAAGUGCUAUUCUGAUCGUGAGGCUAUUUCUGAAUGGAUGCCUUUUAUUUCAUCUGUAAAGAUUUUGGAGGAUAAGCCUGACUUAUCUAGAUGGUCGCUAAAGUAUAAAGCUUUCGGGCAGGAUCUUGAGUAUUCGUGGCUUGCUCGAAAUAUGCAGCCUACUCCAAACCAGAAGAUCCAUUGGAGAUCUAUGGAGGGACUUCCUAACCGGGGAGCUGUGCGAUUUUUUCCCAAAGGCCCAUCAUCCUGCAUCAUUGAACUAACAGUUUCAUAUGAAGUGCCUCAACUGUUGGUUCCAGUGGCAUCGGCAUUGAAACCAUUUCUUGAAAACCUGCUUAGACAAGGGUUGGAACGUUUUGCAACAUUUGCUAAGAGCUACUCAGCUGACACACCUAAAUGAUGUAUAAACUAAAUUCAUGACAGUAAUGACAUUCUGUCCCUCACUUUUUAUGUUGGGAGGAAGAUGCGAAAGGAUUGUACGAUUAUGGGGGAUGGACUUUUAAAGGUGCAAAAGAUGAAUUCUUAAUCCGUAGAUAUUGUAACAGAUAUAAAACCAUUAAGAAAUUAACUGUAUUAGAGGAAUCAAAAGCAGUAGUUAAGCUA